CAAAAGGAACUAAAGAGCAGAAAACUGAUUUUAAAAAAAAGCCUCCUGAGGUCGCUGAUCCAUUUACAAGAAAGUCAACUCACAUCACGGCUGCUAUUAAUAAGUUUUUUCCUGGGUGUAAACCAACUCAAAUAACAGUUUAAAACAGGAUAUAGAAAGUGAAAGUGUGCAUACCUUCCUCUAAAAACUCCCCUCGCAGCUCAACAGCGUUAAACACAGCUGAAGGAAGUCAGAGAGAGAAGUCGUGGAAGAACUCUCAGAGAGUGAUACUGACACCAGCAUGCCGUACCAGUGGGCUGAGGAUGAUGGUGGUCUGCCCUAUGGCGUCACUCAACUUGGUCUCUCUCAGCCGGUCAGUGGUAAAAGGUACGUCAUGUACCACGGCACCACCAGGCAGGCUGCUCGGUUCAUCCAGGCCACAGGUUUUUGUCAGUCUACGGAUGGGAUGCUCGGCCCUGGAGUCUACCUCAGCAGAGACCUGGAUAAAGCCAGCCGCUAUCCCAUCAGACAUCCUGAGUCUGACAAGGUAGUCAUUAAGGUCGUGGUCAAUGUGGGGAGAGUGAUCGCCAUCAAUCGUCAGGGCCACCCACGCCAGAAAACCUGGCAUGACUCCAGAUAUGGGGAGGUGUUUGACACCGCGUGGGUGCCACCAAAUUGUGGAAUGGUGCCAAGCGGUUUGGAGGAGGAUUGCGUCUGGGAUCCCAGUCGAAUCGAGAUCAUCAAAAUCAUCCAGCCAAUCCAGACAUCCAACACCCCAACUGAAGGUGGUGGACUGGCUGCGGUGGCUACUGCAGUCUUUGGCGUUGCUGCAAUCUUAUUGUUUGCAGCUUUAGGUAGAAAUGACAGUAAUCCAGACAUCAUCAUGCAGUGGGCUGAAAAUGACUUUGACCUGCCCCCUGGGGUCGUUCGACUCGGUCUCUCUGCGCCAGUUAAUGGUAAAAAGUAUGUCAUGUACCACGGCACCACCAGUGAGGCUGCUCGGUCCAUCAUGGCCAAAGGUUUUCAGCAGUCUUCAGGUGGGAUGCUCGGGCCCGGCGUCUACCUCAGCAGAGACCUGGAGAAAGCUAGACGCUAUCCCAUCGAUCAUCCUGAGCAUGACAGGGUCGUCAUUAAGGUUGUGGUCAAUGUGGGCAAAGUGAUCGCCAUCAAUUAUCAGGGCCACCCACGUCAGAUGACCUGGCAUGAUUCCAGAUAUGGCGAGAUGUAUGACACCGCCUGGGUGCCACCAAAUUGUGGAAUGGUGAAAAGUGGUUUGGAGGAGGAUUGUGUCUGGGAUCCCAGUCGAAUCAAGAUCAUUAGUGCCAUCAAACCAAGUGCCAUGCCAUCCCCGUACCCAGCCCAACCCUUCGGUGGAUGGGGUGCACAAGGCUACAUUGACAGUAAUCCAGACAUCAUCAUGCAGUGGGCUGAAAAUGACUUUGAGCUGCCCCCUGGGGUCGUUCGACUCGGUCUCUCUGCGCCAGUUAAUGAUAAAAAGUACGUCAUGUACCACGGCACCACCAGUGAGGCUGCUCGGUCCAUCAUGGCCACAGGUUUUCAGCAGUCUUCAGGUGGGAUGCUCGGGCCCGGCGUCUACCUCAGCAGAGACCUGGAGAAAGCUAGACGCUAUCCCAUCGAUCAUCCUGAGUAUGACAGGGUCGUCAUUAAGGUUGUGGUCAAUGUGGGAAAAGUGAUCGCCAUCAAUAAACAAGGCCACCCACGCCAGAAAACCUGGCAUGAUUCCAGAUAUGGCGAGGUGUUUGACACCGCCUGGGUGCCACCAAAUUGUGGAAUGGUGCCAAGUGGUUUGGAGGAGGAUUGUGUCUGGGAUCCCAAUCGAAUCAAGAUCAUUAGUGCCAUCAAACCAAGUGCCAUGCCAUCCCCGUACCCAGCCCAACCCUUCGGUGGAUGGGGUGCACGAGGCUACAUGUGAGCUCUAAGAGAUGAUACCAAUUUUAUUUGAAUGGUCAAAUGUAUUUUUAUAUAUUUGUAUAAUGAAUCAAGACAUUGCAUUUUGUAUCACUGCCAAAUGUAACCCUUAAAAUAAAUUGGUUCCAUAAAAUCAG